ACGUUGUCUCGCCCUCACCGUCAAGAAGGUGGACGCUCCUUUCCGAGACUGCUCGUGCUGCCGGUGAAACGAUCUGACACGACAUGGACGACGGCCCACGCGGACUCAAGCUCAAGAAGGAGGACUCGAAGGGCAUCGACUCUGUUACGGAGGACAUCACGAAGACCCUUGCAGCUGGUGAAGUCUCGGAAUUCGUGGUAGUUGCGGAAGGAGAAGAACGCACGACAUGGUUCGUAUGGAUGCUUGUGUAUGACACGGGUGUCAUUUCGGGUGCUCUCGUCACCAUCGGGUCAGAUCUCGGACCUCAAGCACUCUCGAACUUCCAGAAGGAACUCAUCACGACAGCGACGACCCUCGGUGCCCUCAUUGGCGGCCUCAUCGCCGGCAUGCUCUCUGACUACAUCGGCCGGAAACCCGUGCUCGCUGUCGCAGACAUAAUCUUCAUGCAGGCGCGAUCGGCCAAGCCGUUCGUGAUUGGCUUCGGCGUGGGCCUCGCAUCGUGCAUCGCGCCGCUGUACAUCCAGGAACUGUCGCCUACCCGCCUGCGCGGCCGUAUGGUCAUCGCGUAUGGCAUCGACGCCGCCUUCCAGAACACGCACGGUGGCUGGCGCUGGAUGGUCGGCCUCGGGACUGUCCCCGCAGGAGUGCAGUUCUUCUUACUCUUCUUCCUGCCAGAGUCACGUAUAAUUCUGUCGAGGAUAUACUCGAUGGCACGCCCGAGCAGGUUCAACUCAAGGUUCGCGCGCCGCUCGUUGUUGGAAGCUGCAGUGAGGGAGAGCGUCGAGAUCGCCAACUCGACCACCUUCUGGCAGCGCCUCAGAUCCAUCAUCCUUGUGCCUAUACAUCGCCGUGCCCUGAUCAUCGCAUGCGGUCUCCAGGCGUUCCAACAGUUGUGCGCCACGCUCUUCCAGGAGAUUGGCUUCAACGACUCAAUCGCCGUCAGCUUGAUCGUUUCAGGCACCAACUUCAUCUUCACCCUGUUCGCGCUCAAGUACAUUGACAUCAUUGGCCGGCGUAAGAUCAUGGUUUUCUCUGCGCCCGGCAUGAUAGUUGGCCUCAUCGUUGCCGCCAUUUCUUUCCACUUCAUGACCGUGAACACGGGUGGUCAACUCGUCAGUGGCACUGAUUACUCGAAGACAUGGUCAGCCAUCAUCCUAGUGUCCAUGAUCGUCUACGUAGCCUCCUACGCCACGGGCCUUGGUAACAUCCCGUGGCAGCAAGGCGAAUUGUUCGCGCUCCAAGUCCGCGGAAUCGGCACGUCGCUCUCCACGGCCAUGAACUGGGGCGCAAACCUGCUCAUCAACUCGACCUACCUGUCGCUCAUGGCGGCAAUCACACCCGCGGGUGCGUUCGGCUUCUACGCCGGGCUGUGUCUCCUCGGCUGGCUCUUCUGCCUAUUCUGCUUCCCGGAGACGGCCGGCCUCAGCUUGGAGGAGGCGCAGAUGAUCUUCCAGCACGGGUUUGGCAUCCGCGCGAGCGAACGGCUCCGCCGCGAGAAGCGGGCGAUCAAGACAGCGGAGGCAGAGCGAGCAACGCGGGAGAAGGCGUAAUGGUACCUCUCUUCAGUCCCCUCGACCUACCGCCUACGGGGAGCGUUCCGCGUGGCUGCUGCGAUCUUCUACGCUAUCUGGCUACACGUCCACGCGAUGUGUCGUUGUACUUGUAUCAUUUGUCGGUUACCCUUCACGAUUUUAUAAUCGAGGUGAUGUCUGGGCAGGCGUAUUUGGGCAUACGCGGGAUGGUGCGGUUCACUAGCA